AUGCGUUCUGGGAUUUUGAACCUGGAAAUGGAUGUGUUUAGUCUGGACGCUUUGCGAGCUCAUUCCGUUUCCCUCCCGCUUUUCUGCUCGCAAAAUCUGGCUUGCCACCCUGUUCCGCCACUAGUUCGACCUGGUCACAGAAACGGACAAGCAAUGCGAGGCACUCAUCAUGCAGCACAUCUCAGCCGCUUACCCUUCCCACAAGGCAAGCGAGGGUUGGAACCAGAAGCAUCUGGGCUGUGCACCAUCUGUUGGUUUCUCUCGUCUUCGGUUUAUUCCCCUUCUGUAAUAUCCCUCCUGCUUGCUGCGCUUUACCUUCCAUCUGAACUGGCAUGGCAUCAGAUCAUAGGCGAGGAGGAGUCAUCAGUGCAUGGCACGGCGGGGCUGUCAGAUGACCCCACGUGGAUGGUGGACCCCCUCGAUGGCACCACCAACUUCAUACACCGGGAGGGAGGCGGGGGGCAUGAGCAGGUACCCCUUUGUGUGUGUGUCGAUCGGGCUGGCGAUCAGCAAGUGGUGGUGGUGGCCGUGGUCUUCAACCCCAUCCUCAAUGAGGCACGCCCCCCUGCCCACCAUGCCACGCGUCUCUCAACUCCCUCAUGCAUGCCAUUCGCCUCUCAACUCCCUCAUGCAUGCCAUUCGCCUCUCAACUCCCUCAUGCAUGCCAUUCGCCUCUCAACUCCCUCAUUCAUGCCAUUCACCGCACACGCAUCCCCCGCUCUGCACACAACAAUCGGCACCAAGAGGGAUGCCGCCACGGUGGAGGGGAUAGCAGCGCGCAUCAGCACGCUGCUCUUCCAGGUGCGCUCGCUGCGCAUGGGGGGGUCGUGUGCGCUCAACCUGGCGGGCGUGGCGUGCGGCCGCCUCGACCUCUUCUACGAGAUCGACUUCGGGGGGCCCUGGGAUGUAGCAGCGGGGUCGCUGAUAGUGGAGGAGGCAGGUGGCCUCUGCUUUGACCCGUGA